AUGAUGUAUGCUUUGUUUCUGUUGAGUGUGGGUUUAGUAAUGGGGUUUGUGGGGUUUUCUUCUAAGCCUUCUCCUAUUUAUGGGGGUUUAGUAUUGAUUGUUAGCGGUGUGGUCGGGUGUGUUAUUAUUCUGAAUUUUGGGGGAGGUUAUAUGGGUUUAAUAGUUUUUUUAAUUUAUUUAGGGGGAAUGAUGGUUGUCUUUGGAUAUACUACAGCGAUGGCUAUUGAGGAGUAUCCUGAGGCAUGGGGGUCAGGGGUUGAGGUCUUGGUGAGUGUUUUAGUGGGGUUAGCGAUGGAGGUAGGAUUGGUGCUGUGGGUGAAAGAGUAUGAUGGGGUGGUGGUUGUGGUAAACUUUAAUAGUGUAGGAAGCUGAAUAAUUUAUGAAGGAGAGGGGUCAGGGUUGAUUCGGGAGGAUCCUAUUGGUGCGGGGGCUUUGUAUGAUUAUGGGCGUUGAUUAGUAGUAGUUACUGGUUGAACAUUGUUUGUUGGUGUAUAUAUUGUAAUUGAGAUUGCUCGGGGGAAUAGGUUAUGUGAUUAGGAGUAGGGUUAGGAUGAGUGGGAAGAAGAAAGAGAGGAAGUAAAGUUUAAUUAUGCCUUUUUGGGUUGAGGUGAUGAUGGAGGUGGAGAUUUGGUGCUGUGAAAUUGUUUUAGGUAAUAGCUUUUCUAGUCAGGUUAGGUCUAGGAGGAGUAGGGGCAGGUUUUGGCUCGUAAGAAGGCCUAGAUAGGGGAUUGUGCGGUGUGUGAUGCUAGGGUAGAAUCCGAGUAUGUUGGAGAAAUAAAAUGUGCAUAGUGGGGAUUUUAUUUUAAGUUUGUUGGUUAGGUAGUUGAGGUCUAGGGCUGUUAGAAGUCCUAGGAAAGUGACAGCGAGGGCUGUGAGUUUUAGGUAGAGGGGGAUUGUUGUUUGGAAGGGGGAUGCGGGGGAAAUGUUGUUAGUAAUGAGAAAUCCUGCGAAUAGGCUUCCGGCUGCCAGGCGUUUAAUGGGGUUUAGUAGGGUGGGGUUAUUUUCGUUAAUGUUAGUAAGGGUGGGGAAGCGAGGUUGACCUGUUAGGGUGAGAAGAAUUAUUCGAGUGCUAUAGGCGCUUGUCAGGGAGGUAGCGAUGAGAGUAAUAGAUAGGGCUCAGGCGUUUGUGUAUGAUAUGUUUGCGGUUUCGAUGAUGUGGUCUUUGGAGUAGAAACCUGUGAGGAAAGGUAUUCCUGCUAAUGCUAGGCUGCCAAUGGUGAGGGAGGUUGAAGUGAGAGGUAUGGUUUUGAGUAGUCCUCCUAUUUUUCGAAUAUCUUGUUCAUUGUUAAGGUUGUGGAUGAUGGACCCGGAGCACAUAAAUAGUAUGGCUUUGAAGAAGGCGUGGGUACAGAUGUGCAGGAAUGCUAGGUGUGGUUGGUUGAUGCCGAUUGUAACUAUUAUGAGUCCUAGUUGACUUGAAGUGGAGAAGGCUACGAUUUUUUUGAUGUCAUUUUGUGUAAGGGCGCAGACUGCUGCGAACAGAGUGGUGAUAGCGCCUAAGCAUAGUGUUAGAGUUUGGAUUAGUGGGCUAUUUUCUGCUAGGGGGUGGAAGCGGAUGAGUAAGAAGAUUCCUGCUACAACUAUAGUGCUUGAGUGGAGUAGGGCUGAGACUGGGGUGGGGCCUUCUAUGGCUGAGGGGAGUCAGGGGUGGAGACCUAAUUGGGCUGAUUUGCCUGCUGCUGCUAGGAGGAGGCCUAGUAGUGGG